GGCAUGCGGCUGGAUUGUGAAUGGACAGAGGAUGGCAGAAGGUAGUGACGGAUCAGGAAGUGAGCUAGGAGGAAUGGAUGAGGGUGGCGGGAAAGACGAAGGUUGGUGGACUGCAACUUUUAAAAAUAGUCGUAAAUGAAGGAAGCAUAAGCAACGAGGGAAAAAUUUGAGUGUUGAAGACACGGACAGUGAUCAAAGCAUGGUAGCUGCAGGGAAACAAAUUGAAGAGUAUAAAGUGAUAAUUAAACUAACUCAAGAAGGAGCGUCAUUCAGUGAGUGGAACCCGAUUCAACUAACCAAAGUGAUAAACAAUGUGAAGAGUGCCAAGAAACUACGAAGUGGAGUACUUUUAGUUGUGUGCAGAGAUAGUACUCAGUAAGGGAGGGCCAUCAAACUGAAUAAAAUUGAAGACAAAAGAGUGCAAUGAACAUUGGUCAAGGACAAGAAGUUUGUACAAGGAGUCAUUUCAGGGGGACCCACAGCUGCAUCAGUGGACCAGAUUAAAGAGAAUAUGUGCGUCUCUUUAAUCUGUCCAGAAGCGCAGGUGUGUGCAAGGGGCGGGCCGCUUCUAAUGGAUUAUGGCUUCCACCGGCGCGCAGGUGGAGCCUCUCCUUCAAAAUGAGCGUCACCCGCGACCGAGAGGGGCUUCCCUUCUUUCUUCUCACCUGGACUCUACAGACAGACAGCACGUUUCACUCCACUCCUGCGUUUGCAUGCACUGCUGGUGGCCUGCCGUUCCUCUUGACACUAUUGACUUUGAUCGCAGUUUUUGAUGGAACUGAGAUUUUGGGGCUUUUAAAAAAUAAAUAUGUAGGAUUUUUCCUUGCAAACGUCGUGUCGUCUCCCCUAUUCUUUUUGGUAUUGUGGUGACUCCCCUAGGUCACAACAAUAUGGGGGCUCGUCUAAUUUCUUUUUGUUGCUGACUUUUUCUCUCUCGCUUCUCCGUUUUUGGUUUGCCACGUGAAUAUCUGGGUUUGUUUGCACUUUCGACAUUUGUUUCGUUUCACUUCACUUCUUUUGUGGGGGGCGGCGUGCGUGCGUUUGCCUAUUUUCACUUUUACCUUUCGGUAAUUGUUUGAUAGUCGCCUAGGUGGCGUUUGUAAUCGUUGGGGUAUUCCCCACUUGCGGAUUGGCUGUUAAGAUAACCCGGUACUGCUGCUCUUUUGGUAGUCUCACCACAGCGUACCUUCCCUGAUAGGCUGAGGGUGUGCUCUCGGGCGCACCAUUUCUUUUUUUAGUUUGUUUUUUUCGCGGUGAAGGUGGGUAGUAGCAGUUGUCUCGGGUGCACCUCCGGGGUGCGCACCUUACGUGCCCACUGGUUUUGUGUGCUUAAAAUCCCCCCAUUGGUAACCGCAGAAGACCUAGGGUCUACUUAGUUUAGUUUUGGAAGUGUUUUAGUUGGGUAGAUGGGGAUGUAAGCGUGAGACUGCUGAUAACAGUUGUGUGGUUAUUUGGUUUUGGAUUUUCGGUACGCCUUGAAUAAAGCAGGCUGUUUUGUUUGGAUAUGUCGAUCGUUGACGAUUUCGUUGCCACUCCCUCUGUGGAGACGUUUAAUUUAUUAACUAAAAUCCAGCUCUUGGACAUUGCCGAGCGUUAUAAGGUUCCUCUAAUUAGUGAAGACAAACGUUCCAAGUCGCUCAUGCAACUAGUUGUUAAAGCGGCGUUGAUUAAAGCGCAGGUGCUGCCCGAGGAGGAGGCGACUCCUCCCUCUCCGGCAGCGGCGGCUGAAGUGACAUACGAACAGCAAAAAGAGCUCCUUAGGCUUCAAAUGGAGAAAACUAGACUGGAGUAUGAUAAAGAAAUAGAAAAACGACGCCUCGACCGGGAAGUGGAAUUGUUUAAAUUGGAUGUCGAGCGCCAGCGUUUAGCUUUGAUUGAACGUGGCAAAAUGCCUGCUGGUACUCCUGGGGAAUUUGAUGUGGCACGUAGUUUAAAGCUGGUGCCUAAAUUUGAUGAAGCCAAAGUGGAAACUUUUUUUACUCUGUUUGAGCGUGUCGCCAAUGCAUAUCACUGGCCCGACGUUGAGCGCACACUGCUACUGCAGUGCACCUUAACUGGCCGCGCCCAGGAGGCCUAUUCCGCGCUGGAUGGCACCGAAAGCCUGAAAUACGACUCUGUUAAACAAGCGGUGCUCAAAGCUUAUGAGCUCGUUCCUGAGGCCUAUCGCCAAAAGUUCCGUAGCAUGCGAAAACGACCUACGCAAACCUAUACCGACUUCGCCCGCGAGCUUGCCGUUCAGUUUAAUCGUUGGUGUGUAGCGUCUGGCGCUGAAACACAAGCUGGCCUUACAAACCUAAUUUUGGUUGAACAGCUAAAAAACACACUACCCGAAGCUAUGGCCACUUUCCUUAGUGAACGUGAAGCGAUCACACUGACUGCGUUAGCUGCGUUGGCCGAUGAUUAUGCCCUCAUUCAUAAAAGUAGGUUCUCUGCUCCACCGAGCCGUGACAUUCGCUGGUCACGGAACACCCGAACACCCCGCGAUGCUGUACCUUCGAAUAGGGGCGCUCCUCGCGCUCGUAAUCAACCAGAUCCAAGCAGCGUUUGUAAUUACUGCUUGGGGAAAGGGCACUGGAAGUUUGAAUGUCCCGUCUUACGGGGUAAAGAGAAAUUUAAAAUUCCCGUUAAGGACAAUGCCUCGGCUCUGCCAGUUGGUCAUCUUGCUUGCGUGGAUGAAAGUUUCUCACCCUUUGUGUUUGAUGGUUAUGUGUCACUGCGUCGUGGCAGCGAUAAAAUCGCAGUGAAAAUCCUGAGGGAUACGGGCUCCGUAGAGUCUUUCAUUUGUAGGUCCACCUUGCCCUUUUCAACGUCUUCUGAUACCGGCCAGUGUGUUUUUGUUCGUGGCAUUAAUUUGAAUGUCCUGACCGUGCCCUUACACAGCGUGUACCUAGAGUCCGUUUUAGUCAGUGGAGAUGUUUCACUCGGUGUGCGCCCUAUGCUCCCUGUCCGUGGGGUUUCUGUUAUUCUUGGGAAUGGGUUAGCUGGGGCUUGUGUAUGGGCAAAUGGGGUGGUUGAAUGUGGGGGUGUCCAAAAUUCAAGUAGUGCUCUCUCAGACCGUGAAGUUGCGCCUGUGUCCGUGGUAACGCGCUCGUCCAGUAAAAGGACAGCUGCGCUGGAGAACGAUGAUGCUCAUUCUUUAACUGGUUUGCCGACCUCGAUCUCUCGCCAGCAGGUGAUUGACGCGCAGCGGUCGGAUGCUUCCCUGCAGAUGCUGUUUCCCAAGGUUCGUGGCUGCGACGAUGACGUAUCUGAAGGUUAUAUACUGAAGGACGAGGUCUUGAUGCGUAAACGCCCUUCAAGCGGCCCAGCUGAUGAACAUGCGUGGCAGGUAGUGGUGCCAACCACCUUGCGUAGCCUGGUGUUAAAAACUGCCCAUGAUGACGCCGGGCACAUGGGUGUCCGUAAAACCUAUGACCAAGUCACACGCUACUGCUACUGGCCUAGGGUAAAACGUGACAUUACGGAACAUGUGCGAGCCUGCCAUGUCUGUCAACAGACUGGCAAGCCUAAUCAAAUGCCAAAACCGGUUCCUCUGCGACCCAUCACCCCUGCGUCAAAACCGUUCUAACACCUCGUCAUUGAUUGUGUCGGGCCACUUCCUCGGUCCAAAUCUGGAUUCAAUUAUUUGCUAACUGUCAUCUGUCAAACCACCCGUUAUCCUGCGGCGUACCCGCUUCGGUCCAUUACAGCCAAACCCGCUGUCAAAGCGCUGUCUCAGUUCAUGUCAGUGUUUGGUAUCCCAAAAACCAUACAGUCAGACCGCGGAACGAAUUUUACCUCCAAAACCUUUGGCCAGGUGUUGCGCUUACUGAACAUCCGUCACAACAAGGCAUCAGCGUACCACCCCCAAAGCCAAGGGGUCUUAGAACGGUUCCACCAAAUGCUCAAGUCCAUGUUGAGAGCGUACUGUGUGGAGCUGGGAAGUUCCUGGGACGAAGGACUGCCCUGGUUGCUGUUGGCGGCCAGAGAGGUGACCCAAGAAAGCACUGGCUUUAGUCCAAACGCGUUGGUGUUUGGCCAUACAGUGCGAGGUCUGGUAGCAACGUUGAUGGGCGAUGUUGACUUGUCUAACGGUCCUCCGCAAUCUUUAACUGACUACGUCAAUGGGUUUCGCCGUAGAUUGUAUGAGGCGGGGAAAAUCGCACGGGAAAAACUGUUCUCCACGCAAACUAAAAUGAAAAAAGCAUAUGACAAAAAGACUGCACGUCGUGUGUUUAAAGUUGGUGAUCAAGUAAUGGCCCUUCUCCCAGUCAUGCAUUCGCCUUUUCAGGCUAAAUUUGCUGGCCCUUACAGGGUUGUUCGCGUAGAGCAAAAUGACAAUUAUGUGGUGGCAACACCGGACCGGAAGACCAUAACCCCCUUACCUUUCUCCACUCCCUCCAAAAUCCCAACCAAAGACUAAUGCGCUGGUGUAUUUUCUUACAACCUUUCCAUCUAAACAUCAAACACAUCCCAGGGAAAGAGAAUGUGGUAGCGGACGCGCUGUCACGCUCUCCAGUCCCAUAGAUCUAUCCACUGUUUGUAAUGGUGUUAUACUGUGUUUUCUAUUCCAGGGCCCGGAAUUUGAAGGCACCGCUGGGUUGCCACCAGGCCAAGUCGGGUUGGUAAUGUAGUACGAAAAUGGUGAACAUGGAUUUGUGACUGUUUUGUGUGAAUGCCUUUGGUGUAUGGUGUUAUAUCCCCUUGAUAUUUGCAACUUAGAAAUGCUACUAAAUGUGGACUAAAGUGGCUUGAGAAAGCAAGAACCAAAUACGCUUGUGUUGAUUGAUAACCAUGGUUAGACUGUGAAAUGUUUUGAGAAUUUAGAAAUUGUAAGUGCACUAACUAUUUUGUGUUUUCGGAGGGUAUUCAUUUGCUGGAAACCCAUGGGGUUUCUUUUAAAGGGGGAGGUGUGACGGCCAUGAGCUUUUGAGUAAUGAUUGUUUUUUUUCCUGUUUAGUGCGUCUCUUUAAUCUGUCCAGAAGCGCAGGUGUGUGCAAGGGGCGGGCCGCUUCUAAUGGAUUAUGGCUUCCACCGGCGCGCAGGUGGAGCCUCUCCUUCAAAACGAGCGUCACCCGCGACCGAGAGGGGCUUCCCUUUCUUCUCACCUGGACUCUACAGACAGACAGCACGUUUCACUCCACUCCUGCGUUUGCAUGCACUGCUGGUGGCCUGCCGUUCCUCUUGACACUUGACUUUGAUUGCAGUUUUUGUUGGAACUG